UGGCUUUGAGGUUAGGGCACUGGAGGUCGCUGUAAAAAUGGGAAAUUCUUAAGUUUUUUUAAACAAUUUCGUGAAUUUCUUGAUAUAGAUAAAGAUGUCCUCGAAGCUCCUCAACUUUCCAGCAGCAACAACAACGAGAUUUGUGAGUAAUUCCACGACCAGCAGCAGCAACAGCAGCCGGAUCCCUUCCAGCGUCGUCUGGAACUACGAUAAUCUCCGGUUGGCGGAGGUGCUCUGCCCGGUGUGUCAAUCCGUGUUGGUGGAGCCGGUCUUUCUUCCGUGCAAGCACCUGUUUUGCCGCGAUUGUCUCAGCGGAACGAUCGAGAAAAACUCCCUCUGCUGCCCUUGUUGUCGCAAGCGCUUCGGAACGUGGUACCGGCAUGCCUCGCGUGGGAACACGCUCGUUCACGAGCGACUUUGGGAAGCAAUCCAAAGUCAGUUCCGUGAUCUGCUAGAGGACGAGAGCAGCCCGAGAGCAUCAAAAGCGGCCACGGCAUCGCAUACCAACACCUUUCCCAAACUGAACAGUCCCGGAAGCCUGCGGAAGGAAUACAACGAAGAACUGAAACGCUAUCAGCAGGAGCUGCUGGAGGAGAAGCAGAAGGAGGUGAUCGCGUCCGAGCAAUACAUUAUCAAUCUGUACAAACAGGAGGGUGUCAUCGAUCUGGCCGACAGCAGUAGUCAUGUGUCGGUUUCGUCGGCCACCACCCCGGACCUUCAGGACAACGGCACGACGGGAUUUGGUACCAAGAGCCACACCACCUCAUCGUUGGCUGGUCCUUCAUCAUCAUCACAUCAAUUGGCCGCGGCGAAAGCGGCUACUUACGGCGGCACCAUGGCUGCGGCAGACAGUCGUAGCGAAAAGAUAGUCGCAACCAACAGAUCAUCACGGGCCUCUCCGUCGAAUGGAAGUGUCAUCUCCAUUUCGUCCACUUCCUCGGCCGUGUCGGCCGUCACGAGUACAUCGUGUGUAUCGUCCUCGAUAUCGGAACGAUUCAGCAUCAUCAAAUCCGUCACCCAGACCCUUGGCCGCAGUGCCGAGCUGGUAAAACAGAAAGCCACCGACCUGACACAGCGGCUCUCGUUCGGGAAGCAAAAGACGACGACGACAACGAAUGCCAUCGAUCUGAACAAGAGUGAGUUGUGCAUGAAACCGACGGAACUGCACAAAACCGAGCAACGGGGUACCGUUGACGGGGAUGAUGAUGGUGAAGCGGAUGAAACCGAUAGCUUGAAGGCAGAACAGAACCAUUUCGUCCCGAUCCAUGCAUCACUGCCAAAGAGCAGCUUUUCCCUGGAUACCGUUUUCCGUGUUCCGCCGAAACGUACACCUCAAGCGUGCACCAAAUACACGCUGACGCCCAGGAAGUGUUCAAUACGGCCCCUACUCAGUCCGGUCGCCGGCGCCAGGUCGGCUUUCUCGGUUGUGAACUUUUGUCUCCUAACGCCACCGAAAAAUCCAUUUUCUCCCGAUGACGCCACCGCUGUUGAGUCGGAGGAAAAGUCAUCAUCUCCUUCACCCUCUGCGACGGCAUCCCGAGAGAAGAAAGCGAAUGGCACAACCGUACAGACUCCCCGUGGUGGUCGUCGCCGUCGAAAGCUCAAGUUCACGCCGACGAAAGCACGAAAGUCAUCCAGCACCGCCGGGCGGAGUGGAGGAAAUGUGAGAUCGUCUGAAGCAGUGGCGAGCACCACAAGAACAACGCGACGCACAUCCGACAACAAAGUAGUGACUACGACGCUACUGAAGGACAUUAUCGUCAGUGAUCAGCAGCGGCUAGAGCAGCAGAUCGAGAUGGAAAGACGUGACUUUGAGUUCGCACAAAAACUGCAGCAGAAACUGAACCGACCGCACGGUGUGAUGCAGGAAAUCCACCGACCGUACCCGCCGGUAGCGCGGAACUGUUCCUACUCGCUCCGGCGCAAAGGAAGUGAUAAUGUCAGUGAAUCGUCCGGCGUGAGCACAAAGCGCCAGAGUGGUGAAGCAGAUGAACCGGAGGACGCCAAAAGCGUUGCCCAGAGAACACGCAAACGGAAGGCCACCAGUAGCAGCGUGGAGAACGAUGUUCCUACCGUAUCCCCGCCCAGCGAGGGUACAACGAGAAAGCGACAAACACGACGGACGAUCAAAGCGGAACCAGUAGAAUCCGUUUCACCUGCCGUGGCGAUGGCGAUGCCUCCGGUGCAGCGUAAAUCCACCCGAAACAAGGCACGCUAGGGCCGUGACCUUGUCCCGGGCCUAAUAUAGCAAGAAAGCUAUAGCCGGAUAGCAAGAUAAGAGUAAUUCCGUUCAGCAAAAUGUGCCACAAUCAUUGGUGUGUGUGCUCCGUGUGAGGGAGCGACAUCUUCACAGCCCCGGGUGGUGCCAUUGCCGCUACUCCAGUCCCAAGUAGUAGUUCCGAGAUACUUACAAAGCAAAAGGACACAUAUACACGCUCAACGCUCAACGCUCUUACAUGGUUUAAACCUUUGUUGUGGAAGUGUGGAUUUAGCCUCCCAGCGGUGAUCGGGACGACGAAGAUAGACGAUCGAGAUACGUUGCAAUACGCUCGCUAUAUUCCAGUUUAUAUGUAUAUAUACUUUCCCUUUAGCAAGUAAAAGUCGAUAAGAUAACGAUAGAAUAUUAUCAGCAGGGCGAGAAUCAUUGUAUUACGUUUAAGCCCAUUAUCCUAAAUCAGACCGGCACGGCUGGUAAGAUAGAAGCGACGCAAACCCGACGAAUCGGACAGGGGUCUAUUUUUGUUGCAUUCUUAAUCUGCAUUUACCCUGCCUUUUAGAGGCCGGGGCUGUCUUUUGUUUAGUAUUGUUUUGACCUCGUAUGCCAUUGUUUUUGAUGCCGGAGAGGAUCAUCAAGAUGACCUGUGCGCGCGCCCGCUAGCGAUAAGACGCACAGCAGAGCGAUCAACUUGAGCAGCAGCAUGUGUAUGCUUACAACAAGAAAAAAAAAACUAAUAACAAAAAACAUUUCUAUUUGCAUUCUACUACGCCGUACAGAGCAGCAGAAUUGGAUCUUGGUAGAGAAAGACGAAAAGAGGAGCAUGAAGAAUGUGAAAUUUGGAAAACUCCCAGAUACAAUAAACUUCAUAAUUGUCGA